AUGGAGAACACUUACGAGGACAUCGACAUUGGUGCCCUCCUCGCCGGCCUCGGCAAGGAGCACCUCAACGAUGUCUACCUUGCUAUCAAUGCCUUCCACAAGAAGAACACCGAAGCCCUUGCCGAGCGCUCUGGUCAGUCAUCGCUUAUGUGGGCGUAUGCUGCUGCAUCGCCCGAAGGCAAAGAGCUCGUGGACAUCCUCAAGCGCGUCCUCACCGCUGUCGCCCGCUCCGAGUCGGCCUCGCUCGCUCCGCUCCUCGCUGCUGUCGUCGAGGUCUUUGCCGACAUCAUCUGGGCCGGCAGCUCGCUCCACGAGCGGACUCUGCCACGGACCAAUGAUCUGCCUGAACUGCAGGAGCAGGCCGACGACCGCCUGCCUUCGCUUGCGCUCGCCCUCGCCCGCGCCAUCCUCCGCUCCUACCUCGCCCGACUCUACCCGACGCUCUCCUCGUCGGGCCCGCAGGCCCUCGCCACGCUCCGCCUCCUCGCUGCCAUCGCCGCUCUCUCGCCGACCAUCGCUCGCGAGCUCAUUCGCCGCUUCGACUGGUCCCUCAAGUCUUUCCUCAACAUUCCAUUUGACUUUGGCCGCGCCUCGCAGAAGAACGGCGUUGCCGCCCUCUCAAAGGCCAACUCGCUCGGCGUCUCACCCUCUGAUCUGGUCUCCGCCUACUUUGAGAUUCUCAUCACCCUCCUUGCUCACGAUGCCCCGGGCAUUGCCAUCGCAACCGUCUCGCUUCGCACCGUCGUCCCGGCCACCUUCCAGAUCCUCGGCAUCGCCCCGCCGUCAGCCGUCGUCCCGCUGCUCACCCUCAUCACCCAGCGCAUCGCCCUCGCCUCGCACGUCACGAAGCGCAUCCGCAUGAAGCUCUUCAACUCACAGACCCUUGUUCAGCUCUCCAAGAACCUCGGCAUCCUCCGCAACGACGAAGAUUCACGCGCCCUCGUGCUCAUGGCCCUCUUCAAGGUCCUGCUCAAUGCCGACGACCCGGCCAUGGCCAUGUCCGCCUCAGAUCUGCUCCGCGGUGUCAUCACCGCUCAUCGCACCUCAGACGUUUACCGUUUCUUCAGCCCGUCGUCCGCUGUCGGCGACGCCGCGGGCCGCGCCCUUGCCUCGGUCUCCUCCAGCGCCCUCGCUGCACUCGAGACCCUCCCGCGCUCGACCUCCAUCCGCUUCUCCAUCCUCCAGCCGCCGCCGGCCGACGUCCUUUUCCUCACGCUCCACGCCGCCAACAUCGCCCGCUCCACAACCGUCUUCCAGCUCCUUGUCUCGCUCCACACCACUUGGGGUCUCCGACAGCGCAUGCUCAUCCAGUACGUCCUCUCCUCGCUUCCGGCACUCGUCACCCCUUACAUCGCCGCCUGCAACUUUUCGUUUGAGCCGCGGCCCUCGCUCGUCUGGUUCUCGAACAUGUCGUGGCUCACCCACCUCCUCCGCACCGUCACCCCGCCGCUCAUCGUCGACGCCCCGCUCGAGUCGCAGGUCAUGCCGCUCACCACCACCGUCUCGGCCCUCUCCCGUGCCCUGCAGCACGCCUCGCCGCUUGUUCGCUUCACCGCCUUUGGCCUCCUCGAUGCUCUCUUUGCCCGUGUCGCCGUCCUCAGCUUCCAAGUCGAGCUCUACUUUGACGCCAUCUCGGACAACCCCUCGCAUCCGGCCCUCGUUCUCCACCACGGCCGUGCACUCACCGCCAAGGAUGUCGCCCUCGACGACGAUGUUCCGCUCGCCGCCUCGCACGACACCACCACCCCGGUCGCCACCCUCCCCUCGCACGCCGCUGCCCUCUCGCUCGUCGACCGCGUCCUCAUCUCCUCGCUCCCCUCCCUUCGUGUCGUCCGCUCCGCUUACGCGAGCACCCUCCGCUCCCUCACAAAGGCUGCAAAGUCGGGCUCGGGCUCGCUUGACCUCGCCGCAGCCUCACUUCUUACCUCCAUCCUCAAGGUCUUUGCUGGCUACGUCGCCCACGCCCCGUCGAGCCUCCAGGGCGAGCGCAUGCUCUUCACUCGCCUGGUCCCGCCCACAGAGGUCCUCCUCCUCCUCCCGUCCGCCACCAUCGACGCCCUCGUCGCCUCCGAGUACUUUGACGGAAACCCCAUCGAGCUCCACCUCUGGCUGCACCUGCUCCCGGUCCUCGGCUCUGCCAACUUUACCGCAGUCCUCGACCGCGUCCGCGCCUCGCCGUUUGAGCACUUUGAUGCCGUCGCCGAUGCCAUGGCCGCCGCGCCAAAGCCCGACGCCGACAUGGCCUCCUUCCUCGCACACAUGCGCGCAUCGGCUAGCGCCUCCGACCUCACCGCUGCACCCUCCUCCAAUGCCCUUGUCUGGUCGCCGCUCGUCGCCGCCUACAUUGCCCACGACUCGCCUGAUCCGGCCGUCCUCGCCGCCCUCGCCGCCCUCGAGCUCACCCCGGGUGUCCUUGCGAGUCUCUGUGCCUCGUCAAACAUCGGCCUCCCCUCGCCGGCCCUCGAGCUUGACACCGCGUCCAUCGGCGCAGACCAGGCCCGCAUCAUCCUUGCCGUCGCCGCCCUCAACCGCCUCAUGUCGACCAAGCGUCCCACCUCGGACCUCAUCACUGCCGUCCACGACAUUGUCGACGACGCCAUCGCAGCCAAGCACUCGGCCGCCCUCGUCGAGCUCAGCAUCGUCGUCCUCCGCCACCCGGCCCUCGAGCGGGCAUUCCUCCCCCCCAACGCCAUCACUUCGCCUGAUGCGCUCUCCUUGGACGACGGCAUCCUUGCCACUUCGGUCGCUUCGGUCGCUGGCACCAUUCUUCGUGCGCUGCCGUCGCCGCCGCCCGCAGUCGCCGCCGCCCUCGCGCCCAUCAUGGCCCGCGCCCAGCAAGCGUUCAUGGCCUCGUCGCCCGCCCCCGACUCGCCGCUUGGCCAGACUCUUGGUGUCUGCCUCGCACUCUUGGCCAAGGGCUUCUCGCGGGAGCUCAUUCCGCCGCUCGUCAACAUGCUGCUCUCGCCCGACGUCGUUGAGCACAUUGUCAACGCUCAGUCUUCGCGCCACUCGAACUACCACAUCGUCCUCUGCCUCCUCCUCCGGCGCGAGCUCGACGUCAACAAGUCCAACCGCGGUGACCUGCUCGGUGUCGCUGACACGGCAUACUUUGCCAAGCACUACUCGUCGACUCACGUCGCCACCCUCCUCACCGUCCUCGCCCAUUCGGGUGUCCGCGACUGGGACGCCGUCUCGCGCCGGGUCGCUUCAGGCGAGCUCGACAUCGACGACGAUGAGGUCGCCUUCUACCUCCAGCUCACCGACGAAGAGAAGAUCGUUCUCCGCCACACCUCGGUCCUCGCCCAGUUCACCACCGCCCUCGUCCAGAGCCUCGCCCUCCACGCCUCGCUGAGCCUCGCCUCCGAGUCCGACACCCUGCUCGCCGCCCUCGCCCGCCUCGGCGAUCGCGCCACCGGCGAGGCUCUUGCCACCGUCGUUGCGCUUGUCCCCUCGUUCUGCGCCGCCCUCGCCAACUGGUGGGCGUCGCGCGUCGCUGCCGACAACAUGCCGCUCCUCGCCUGGUUUGCGCUCCUCCUUCCCAUCCUCGCCCCUGCGCUCGCCAGCCCGCACGUCCACCUCCCGGCCUCCGCCCGCGAUGCCUUUGCCGUCGCCACCGUCGAGCUCAUCCUCGAUCCAGAGCUCCCCUCGCCGGGCAUCGCCUUGGACAUCAUCACCGAAGCCAUCGAGGCCAAGCGCCUGCCGGCAGCCGCCGUCGCCAUCCUCGCCGACAUCAUCACUUCGGACGACCACGACGACCUCGUCCUCACCACCAUGGCGCCACACUCGCUCGCCACCCUCCGCCUCUUUGCCGAGUCCGAGCUCGCCACCCGUGACGUCACCAUCGCCUUUGUCACCUGGGCCUGCGCCGACCUGGCCCACGCCUUCCGCAAGCCGGCCGUCGACCUGCCCAUGCAGCACGCCGAGAUCGAUGUCUGCCUCCAGCUCGCCCUUGUCAUUCGCAAGUCGUCGGCCUUUGGCGCCUACCGCGCCCGCAAGCCGGUCGUGGCCCCGACCCCGCUCGUCGGUCUCCCUGGCGAGCUCCUCGCCCAGCUUGUCCGCCGUGCCCUCAAGCGCCGCUUCCUCCGCCCGGACGUUCUUUUUGUCCUCCGCUGGCUCGUCCCGCUCAUUCCCCACACCGAAGACGCGCCCGACCUCACCACCAUCUACGACAUGAUCUUCCAGCACUCGCAGCUCCGUGCAGCGCUCUACCCGCGCGCCACAGAUGCUGAUGAGCAGGACGCGGCCGACGAGCAUGCCCUGCUCGACUUUGCCCACACCGACGAGGUCAAGCAGGCGCUUGUCGUCCUCAUGCACGCUCUCCUCACCGCGCCCACCGCGCCCGCUACCGCUGCCCUCGCCCGCCACCAGCUGCCGCUGCUGCUCGCGGCCUACGGCGCUACCACCUCGCUUGCUGACCGCGUCCUCCUCCACAUCCUCUUUAUCUACGAGUCGGCCCAGCUCUCGCUCUUUGCCGACGCUUGGGGCUGGGGUGAGCACACCCUCACUCGCCUUGACGACAUUAUCGAGAUCGAGCUCCGUCGCUCGCUCGGCGGGACCGUCUCAUCACUCGAGGCCUCGGACAACGCCGGCCUCCUCUCGUCGCACCUCAUUGACAUGAGCAUGCUCGACCGCAGCCUCCGCCUCUUCCCCAUCGACAUGCCGCUCUCCGUCAACGCAACUUCGGAGAUUCCCGAGCUCGAGGGUACUGUCUGGCAGUCGCUCGCCUCCAAGAUCUUGCGCGGCCGGUUCUCCGCGGCAGGCAACACCGCCCACGUCUCUCCCACCGUCGUCGCUCUCGCCAACGCAAGCAAGGGCGUCACCAUGAGCGAGCCCACCUCCCGACCCUGCUACGACAUGGGCUUCCUCCUCACCUUUUUCGUUCAUGUCGCCGCCGCCAACACCGAGGCCUCGGUCGUCAUCGAGUCGGGCGCCCUCGCCAUCGGCUUCCGCGCCCUCGCCGCCCACCACUCGAACGUCCGCAAGCUCGGCUACGAGCUUGUCUCGCUCAUCGAGUCGCUCAUCCGCGCCUACCGCUUCCGCUCGCGGAGCAACUUUGAAGUCAUCGUCGAUCUCGUCAAGGGCUCUGUGACCCAGGAGUUUGAGCGCCUGCCCUCGGCGCUCUCGCUUGCGCUUGCGCUCGCCGCCCGCGUCCUCUCGUUUAGCAACAACCCGGUCUUCCCGGUCGUCGUCAAGUGGCUCACCAAGUACCCCUCGAUCUACAUCCACCGCCUCCCGUUCCGCGGCCACUUUGCGCCGACCAAGACGGGCGACGGCGUCAUCGCCCGCCCCUUUGUCUUUGACAUCAUCGCCCACGGCGCGCACUCGGCCCGCGACCUGGCCAACUUUGACAAGGCCUCGAUCGUCCAGGGCGUGUUUGCCGCCUAUCUCGACUCGGGCAACCCGUCGCAGGUCGUCGACUCGGCCCUAGCCUUUGUCCGCCACAUGGCCCGCGUCCCGGCCCUCGCCACCCGCCUCGUCUCAAAGUACAGCUUUGCCGAGUGGAUGGCCGCCGCCAUCGCGCCGUCAGACCUCUCCGGCGACGCCCUUGCAGGCUUUAUGACCAUCGUCACCGACCUCUCGCUCGCGCUCGACGACGCAAAGGAGUCGGCCAUCGUCGAUACUGCCGUCUUCACCCUCCGCUCGCUCGCCACCGCCGUUCUCACCCGCAUGAUCGCCGGCUUUAACGCUCGCUCCUGGAAGAACUACGAGAUCUCCGCCAUCUUCCACGCCGCCCUCGACCUCGGCGACCGCAUCGACGCCCUCCCUUGCUCCAUCCUCGCCGACAUGCUCAACGCCUACCACGCCCACGUCCGGCCCAUCCUCUACGCCCGUGUUGCCCGCCGCGCAGAGGCCCGCCUCGUUACCCGCAUGGUCAAUGCCCCGCCGGCGUCCUCGGCCGCCUCGGCCGACGCGCGCCUCGCCUUUGCCACCUCCGCCGUCGCCGCUGCUCUCCUCCCCACCACCGUCAAGUGGUACCGCGACGAGCAUCUCAGGGACGAGGUCUGGGACCAUCUCCUUCCCGCGCUGGCUGGCUUCCGCGCCGUCCCCUCGGCAUCACUCGUCACCGGAAUCCUCGCCCUCCUCGCCGCCUCGCACACCUGCAUUUCGCCCGCUCGCUACGCCCGCCUCGUCGUCGCUGCCGCCCGCCUCGUCGGCCAGCACUCGCUUGUCCUCGACACCAUCCCGGCCGCGCUUCGCGCCCUCGACUCGGCCGACUCUGGCUCGUCCGGUGCCGUCCUCGGCCUCGUCGACGCUCUCUCGGAGCUUGUCCACGCCACUGCAGCACCAUCGUAA